AUGGCAACGAAUGGCUCAGACUGCAAUGGAGAGAAUGACUUUUCAAAGCGCUUCUACGCCAUCGUGUACACGAUCAUCUUGGUUCCUGGACUGAUUGGGAACAUUCUGGCACUCUGGGUGUUUUACGGGUACAUGAAAGAAACAAAACGAGCAGUCAUUUUUAUGAUCAACCUUGCAAUUGCAGAUUUAGCACAAGUUUUAUCCUUGCCUCUCAGAAUUUUCUAUUACCUAUCAGAAAGUUGGCACUUUGGCAAAGGGGUCUGCAUGUUUUGCUUCUACCUUAAAUACGUCAACAUGUACGCCAGCAUCUACUUCUUAGUAUGCAUCAGCGUGAGGCGUUUUUUGUUCCUCAUGUACCCCUUUAAGUUCAACAACUGCAAGCGCAUCUAUGAUGUGUACAUCAGCAUUGUUGGGUGGAUCGUCGUCUGUGCAGGUUGUUUGCCUUUCCCUCUCCUACGACUUACCUCUAAUGAGACACACAACAGCAACAAAUGCUUUGUGGAUCUUCCAGUCAAGGCUGUCGAUAAUACCGUCACUGUCACCAUGAUGACCCUUGGAGAACUGGUUGGGUUUGUAACCCCUUUGCUGAUCAUUCUGUAUUGUACAUGGAAGACUGCCUUAUCUCUAAGAGAAAAUAGUUCCCUUUCUCAAGACCUUGGAGAGAAAAAGAAAGCAUUGAAGAUGAUCUUAACUUGUGCUGUGGUAUUUCUGAUUUGCUUUGUCCCUUACCACAUCAGCUUCCCUUUAGACUUCUUUGUGAAAGCCAAAAUAAUCAAAGACUGUUAUGCUCGACAGGUGAUUUUGAUAUUCCACCCAAUAGCCUUGUGUAUCGCCAGUCUAAAUUCUUGCCUCGACCCAGUCAUUUAUUACUUUACAACAGAUGAGUUCCGAAGGAGACUUUCAAGGCAAGACUUACAAGACAGCAUCCAGCUCCAUAACGCACACUAUGGGAAAACGAAUGGCCCCACACAGAGCAGUGGCCCAGCAUGA